CCGGCUGGUUGACAGGAGAGUGUAGUUUUUGGAGAGAAGGGGGGGGACACGCUGAUAAACUCAAGGCACGGGACUCACCGUCAGUAUAACCGAAUGGUGGUGACCCAACAGAGAUGGCCGGUUCAGGAGUGUGUUGUGCCAGCCUGGAGGAGCCCAAGAGCCUGAUGAAGAUGGGUCUGUGCAUGGUCCUCGUCGGCCAUGUUAACUUCCUGUUGGGAGCGCUGGUGCAGGGCGUGGUGCUCCGACACAUCAACCUCAACAAGCAGGCGUUGGCCGUGGAGUACGCCAUCUCCAACGUGGUCGCUCUCACCUCGGGCCUCGUAGGAAUUCUUGUUGGCAUUCUGGCUAUUGUCCUGUCUAAAAACAAGAAGAGUCGAGGCCUGACGUGGUCCCUCUUCUGCGUCAGCCUGGCUGCAGCCCUCAUGGCGGCGGCCUCCGCCGUCGGACUCUCCGUGAACAUGGUGUGGGCCGCCGUUCACGGCGAGCGUGAUCUCCUGACUCACUGCCACUUCCCCGACGCCGCCGGCUACUCCAGCAUUACCGAGGAGUGUCCUUUUGACCCCACACGCGUCUAUAGUACCACGCUGAUCCUUUGGGUGCCUCUGAUCGUGACUUGUGUCACCCAGACGGUGUUUUCAUCCCGGUGCUUGGCUGUCUGCGUCUCAUUCCUGGGUCUACCUUGCUGCCCUACCAGGAAGAGAAGGAGGAGGGACUAUGGCAGAGCGAUCAAUGUGGUGAGGCCAAUGGAGGAAGCCCCUCCCUCUCGCAACAAUGACCCUCCAAGAAGCUACGCUGAACCUCCAACGUGUUACAAUGACCCUCCAUCCCGCUACAAUGACCCUCCAAGAAGCUACGCUGAACCUCCAAAGUAUUACAAUGACCCUCCAUCCCGCUACAAUGACCCUCCAAGAAGCUACGCUGAACCUCCAACCCGCUGCACUGAUCCUCCAAGAAGCUAUCGCCAACCUCCAAGACGGAACACUGAACCUCCAAGACAGCAUCACAGACCUCCUCCCCCUCCACAGCGUCUUCCCCAUCAACAUCGGAGCCUUCCUCCCUCGGAGAGGCGGCCUCUUCACCAGCCGCACAGAGAAAGGUCAGACGAAGAGAGGCUAAAAACGAGGGUUGGCAGCCAGCAAAGGCCACCGCAGCAGCACCAGCUGCUGGGGAGGGGUGCCCAUGAAAGGUCCAGCUUCUGGAUUUAGACAUAUAUUUGACAUGCAAGAGCUUCUUGAAGACCAAAAUGCUGUGUGGAUGUAUACUGUAGCGCUAGCUACAAUGCUUGGAUUCAAAUAUCUUACUCCACAACCCUGUUGUCCUUUCAGUACUUCAUAACUAUGAACUUAGAGCUGGAGACGUUCAUUACUCAAUGCCGACGUAUUCAUUUUCUAAGGCCCAGGCUGUUUGCACAAUGUGCAGUAUCUCGGUUAUGUGUCUGUAUAUCUGUACAUCUGUAUAUCUGUACAUAUGAGGGUCAAAAAGCAAUAUGUAAUGUCAGGAUAGACAGAUGAGGCAAAUCCUUGACUCUACAAGGAUUCAUUCAGAGUUAAUUAAUAAUAGUUGGACAUUUUGGGAAAUGUACUUUUGACGCUUUCUCGGCGAGAGUCAGAUUAGAAGAUUGAUAGGACUAUGUCUGUGCAGUAGGGGCAUGCUUAGCUUAGCUUAGCAUAAAGACUGAAAGCAGGGGGAAAACCACUAGCUUGGCUCCGUCCAAUGUGAAAGAAACACCUAGCAAAAACUCUCACUACUCAACAUGCUAUAUCUUGUAGUGAAAAAAAAAAAAAAAGUCAAUUCAUGGCCGGGAGCAUAUCGUUUUUUUUGCUUAGCUUAGCAUAGCAUAUCAUGAAACUGGAAUCAGGGAGAGAAACGGCUAACCUGGCUCGGUCCAACGUUAAAAAAAAGAAAUGCUUACUUGCACCACUAAAGCUCACCAAUUAAUAUUUUCACGUUUGAUUAAUUUGUACACAAGCAGAAAAUGUUUUUUAAAAACAAGGCCAGGCUAGCUGUUUUCCCCUGCUUUGUCUUUAUGCUAAGCUAAGCUAAUCAGCUCUCUUCACAUUCGGCACACAGACACGCAAGUUGUAUAUUGAUCUUCUCGUCUGACUCUCGAUAAGAAGGCAAAAACGUGUAUUACCUAAAAUGUGCAACUGUUCUUUUAAUGUUUGAGUUUAGACAUAUAACGGAGACCAGUACAGUAGAAAUAGGACAAAAGAUUCUCACAAGUGAAGAAAUGCAGUGUGCAGAGUGUGUUGGUGUGGGUGUGCCUCCAAGCUUUUAUCCGUUUUCGUUGCCUGUGUGAGUAAUUGAGAAUUGAGACAGUGUGUGCACGUUUUUUUCUGCUGUUAGGUAUUUAUUUUGACAAGUUAAGUCAACAAGUAAAUAAAACUUUUUAUUCAAAAUGA